AACUGAUUAUAGGUUUGGACUUGUCCACUCGUCUCUCCCUCAGCAAAUCCUAACGAAAUCGAGAUUCCCUAUGUAAAAUCAAUCUUCUUCCCAUAACCAAAAACUAUCGACCUCUGCCAUCAUCUAAUCUAUAACCAAACCAGACAUGUCCUUGUCACCCGACCCAAACCACCACCACCAGCCAUCUAACUUCUUCCACUCAGCCACCACCGCUAUUACCUCUCUUAUCUCCACUAAUCCUAAAACGUCACCGUCUUCAACAAUCCCACUCUCUCCACCCAAAAUUUGCAUCCCUUUUCAAUUUGCCGACUCCUCUUAUCGUCCACUCACCCGCUCGUCCUUCGAGUCUACUCACCCUGACUCUGUUUCUCCAAAAUCUGCCGCCGUUAAAGGCUUGUCAUCUGCCGAGUCAAGCUCUGGAUUUCCAUCAACGGUCAGGAUUGCUGGCCUCAAUUCUAACGGCAAGGGUGGUGGGCCCGCUUUUGUCGGUCAGGUUUUCAGUAUGUGCGAUCUUUCCGGGACUGGACUUAUGGCUGUCUCUACUCAUUUUGAUAUUCCUUUCAUUUCCAAAAGAACACCUGAGUGGCUUAAGAAGGUCUUUACAACAGUCACCAAGAGUGAGAGGAAAGGGCCUGUGUUUCGUUUUUUCAUGGAUUUAGGUGAUGCGGUUACAUAUGUUAAACGGCUAAAUAUUCCAAGUGGCGUGGUGGGCGCUUGCCGCCUUGAUUUAGCAUAUGAACAUUUCAAGGAAAAACCCCACCUAUUUCAGUUUGUUCCGAAUGAGAAACAGGUUAAGGCUGCAAACCAACUUCUCAAGACAAUUCCUCAGAGUGAUGGCAGAAGGAAGGUUGACGGUGUUCCUGUUUUCAGUGCUCAAAAUUUAGAUAUUGCAAUAGCCACUACAGAUGGGAUUAAAUGGUAUACUCCAUAUUUUUUUGACAAAAGCAUGCUAGAUAACAUUCUCGAAGAAUCUGUUGAUCAGCAUUUUCAUGCUUUAAUUCAAACUCGGCACAUGCAGCGCCGACGUGAUGUUAUUGACGAUAACUUAGCUGCAGAGGUGAUCGAAGAAAUGGGAGACAGCAUGUUGGAGCCACCGGAGGUUCAGGAAAUGAUGGAUGAGAUUGGCCACCCUGCUAUACCUUUGAACGUUAUUUCAAAGGCUGCUGAAAUCCAACUUCUUUAUGCUGUUGACAGGGUAAUAUUAGGUAAUAGGUGGUUAAGAAAAGCAACUGGUAUUCAGCCCAAGUUUCCAUAUAUGGUUGACUCUUUUGAGAAAAGGAGUGCAUCUUCUUUCCGGAGAGCCUCUGAGCCUGCCAGUUAUCUCGCCAAAUCUAAAACAGAUGCUGACACUUCAAAGCUUAAUUUAGAAGAUGGUGCUCAAGCCAAUCAUGAACCGAUAACAGACCUGCGUCUGCAGUUUGGAGACUGGUUUAAGAGUCUAGGGUUGAAACAACAGCAGAAACCUGAAAAGGGAUCAGAAAUAAGUGAAUGCAGAAAGCAAAAACUAGAGAUGAAUCCUUUUCUUCCAAAGAUUACAAUGGUUGGCAUCUCAACCGGAGAAGCAGGACAAAUGAGCAAAGCUAGUUUAAAGAAGACAAUGGAGGAUCUAACCAGAGAGUUGGAGCAUACAGAUAGGGAAAAUGCCCCAGGUAGUAGCAAUAAUGGCAAUGACUUAGAAAUGGAAGACAGGGAUCCGCUCUUUGUGGCUAAUGUAGGUGAUUACUACUCUGGUAUGUCAAAGACAAAUUCACCUCGAUUGGUUCGCGGAGGAAGCAAAUAAAGAGCUCACCCAGUAAAAGAAAGCAUCUCUGGCAUGAGUUACCUAAAUUUCAUUUAACAAAAGAAAUGAAAAUGUGAAAUAUACAAUGCAAUGUGUAAGAGAUCAUAAUGAGGUCAUACGUCAUCGGCUAUGGUACCAGUUUUUUGCAGGUCCAUUGAUGCGGGUGCAUAGUUGUCCAUUUGCAUCAUGCUAUCUCAGCGUUGUAAAAUGUAGCCUAAUUCGAUAAGGAUGAUCUGUUAGUUGAGUUGGUGCGAUCCAUGUGGCUUGUAAUUUUGAUAAAAAGUAGUUCCAUUAUAUAACAUCAAUUAGUUACAUC